GUUAAUGGAUCCUGUUGGACCCUUACGAGCAAGCCCGCCAUCUCUCCUGAUUCCGACCCAACGAUGGACACCCCAGGAACUCCCGUGGUCACCGGUGGCGCCCCAGGUGCGGGUCAUAUCUUUCGCGGAUUCCCUUAUCGGCCCUUUAAGGCUAACACUUAUGCAGGUCAACGCAACCGCAGCGUGCCUCAGACGCCCGUCAAGCAAAAGCCUGGUCCACGUCUACCUAAUCGGCAUGCUGGUUAGCCGCCCUUCUUGUUGA